GGCUCCCCCGGGCGCGCGUGCGCGAUGGGCGGGCGGGCGGCUGCGGCGGCGCAGGCGCGGGGGGCGGUGCGCGCGGUUGCUGCGGUGACGCGUGGGACAGGCCCCGGUGGCGGCGGUGGCGCCGCUCCCGCCCCGGGAACUCGGAGCGCUCGCUGGCUGUGUUCUUUAACUGUAUUUUGGAUGGGAUUUUCUUUUACUUCAUUGCCAUCUGUAGAAACUGAUGAAUAUUUUUAGUGCUAAGGCUCCAUAUAUCACCAGAUGUCCUUCUGCCUGACUGAGAUGUUUCUGUGGUCUUUGAAGACCAACUUACAUAUUAGAGAUGAAGACAUUGGCAUCCACCAGUACUGUGACAAGAAAGAACCAGCUCGAGAUUAUCCUUGGACCCUGAAAACCAAGCGACCGGACAAACUUCGAGAUGCUCUCAAGGAGGUAGAGGACUUAAUGCAGAACUGUCCAUGUGUGCUGAGCAAAUGGAAGAACAAACAUACCUGUCAGCUCCUCUUUCACUCAGGUAUUUUGGUGUCCCUAAGCCUUUCUGGGCCACAGCUGGAGAAGGUGGUGAUUGACAGGACCCUGGUGGGGAAGCUCAUCUCCGACACCAUCAGUGAUGCUGUUCUUACAGACAAUUUCAUCAUCUUGUCAUUUGAGGACCAUAACCAACUCUGCUUAAUUCAGUUUACAAAGGCAAUGGAUUCUCCUGAUGUAAACAAAAGACUGGAAAAACUCUCUUGUUUGGACUCUAAGAUUUCUUAUGUUGAUAUACUUGGACCAGAAGGUAGAAGGAUGAAACGUCACCUGGCAAUAAACUGUAUGCAAGAUCUGGUCAUUUGCUGGUGGUCAGCAACUAGUGAUGGAGCAUGGCCUUGGUCUCCUAUUUCCUGUCAGAGGGACAGAGCCAACCUAGUGCUAUUAGGCUGUGCACAUGGCAAAUUGGAGGUGCUGAGUUACAUCCGCACGGAGUGGGACCCGCUGGAUGCCAGGUUCAGCUGUCUCCAGCCCCAGCAGGUGCUGACGGUGGAGCGCUCGGUGUCCGCAGCCAAGGAGCCCAUGGCCGACAGCUGCGUCUACAAGAGCGUCAGGAACAGAAUCCAGUGCGCUGCCGUCACCAGGAUCCCCCUGCGAGCCAGGGCCAUCAGCUGCUGCAGGGAUGUGACAGAAGACAAGCUGGUGCUGGGCUGUGAAGACUCGUCAGUAGUUCUGUAUGAAGCCUACAGCCAAGUGACUCUGCUGGCCCAAGCAGAGCUGCUCCCUGCUGUAAUUGCCUACCACCCCUGUGGAGCCGUGCUGGUGGUUGGCAGCUCUCAAGGGGAGCUGCAGCUUUUUGACACGGCGCUGUCCCCAGUUAAAAUUCAGCUCUUGGCACAGGACUAUUCACCUGAGGCAACUCUGCAGUUCAGUAAACACUGUGAGGUGCCCACCAGCCUCAUCCAGAUCCAGUGGGCUGCUCCGCAAGGUGCGUUUCCCAGUCCUGACAGCAUGGAUAUUCACGAUCUUUUGUUGGUUAGAUUUGAUAAAGGACCCUUGGGAGUGCUUCACUUUAAACUUGGUGUGCUCACAAGAGGACAGCUGGGCCUUGUGGAAAUCAUCCACCAGUACAUUCGUUACGAUGAGAUACAGGAGGCAGUUAAUGUCCUGAGCACCAUGAACUGGAACACAAUGGGGCAGCAGUGUUUUAUCUGCCUGAGUGCCAUUUGCAACCACCUUCUUAAACAAAAGCUUACACCAGCCAGAGAAGCACAGCUUGAGGCAAGCCUUGGAACCUUUUAUGCUCCAACAAGGCCUCUCUUGGAUAGAACUGUGCUGGAGUACAGGGACGCCAUCAGCAAAUAUGCAAGAAGGUUCUUCCACCACCUGCUCAGGUAUCAGAGGUUUGAAAAAGCAUUUCUGCUUGCUGUUGAUAUCGGUGCUCGGGACCUGUUCAUGGACAUCCAUUACCUUGCUCUAGAUAAGGGUGAAUUGGCACUAGCUGAAGUGGCAAAGAGAAAGGCUAAUGACAUUGAUGCAGAAUCAAUAACUACUGGAAUUGAACUUCUGGGGCAGUCAGAUGAAGAGGACCCAUCUUGUGAAGCAUUCGCUGACCAAUCUCCAGAGCGGGGAGGAGGGUGCAACCUGCCUGCUCCUGGCCCUGCUGACAGACCACCAGCACAGAGCUGCUCCCACAGAGGUUGCUAUGACUCACACAUCUCUGGCAGUCCCGCGUCUGCCUUCGUCAGGCGUCUCGGGAGAGAGGCUGAGAGCUCAACUUUGCCCCGACUCCUGGGCUCCCCACCUGACCACUUUUGCCUGCGCCUUCCCAGACCCACCAGCCGCAGACAGGCAGAGGACACUGAGCCUGGAGCGGAUGCCCACACCACCUCCCUGAUCAAGAAAACCUUUUCCAGCAGCCAGGAGGGAAAUAUGAGAGCCAUUCCUUCAGAGCAGGUGCAUCACAGCAUGUGAACUCCUCACUCGCUGCUGCUCUCAGCUAUGAGGAAGCUUCUCCUCCCUGAAACUGUAGAAAUCGUGCAACAAACUGUUCCCAGUGACCUGCCAGAGCAACUGGUUGUCACACAGCCAAGCAGUGCUCAAGCUGUUGAACAAGAUUUGUUUUCUGGAGGAAAGCAUUAGAAGUGUCUCAGAGGCAAGGCUGUGCCACCAUGGGGGUCACCUGUGUCCCUCCAGCGCCAGCACGGGUCACCCGUGUCCUGCCUGCAGCUCCAUGGUGUGAGUGACGGUGGGCAAGGGCUGCUGAGGUGUUCUCAGCUGGCAGUAGGACAAAUGCAGUCUAUGUGGCUUUGCCAGACUGGUUUUGGGCUGGCCAGAGCAUCCCACCACUGAGCACAAAGGUGGGGAUGAAGACAGAUGGUGGAGGGAUGAGGAUCAACUGUGGUGUUCCUUGCCCUGUGCAUGGCUUGCGUGGGUAUGGCUCCUCAGGUGACGUGGUUGAAACAAACGAGGAGUGAGCAUCCCAUCCACAAUAUUUGGAACAGCCAGGAUUGGGUGUUCAUGUUCCAUCCUGGAGGUGAGAUUAGGGUGGCCUGGAGGACCGUGCUGCUUGAGACCCAGCCCAGCCCUGCUGCUCUGAGCAGGGUGGUCCCAGAGGUCCCUCCUGGUCUGUGUUCUUCUGGGAUUUGGUAAUCUUGAGCAACUGUGUAGGUUGGUUCAGAGUUUCCAUGUAGCAGCACCCAGACUUGGAUCAGUGAAAUCAAGGCUCCAAACACCUUGGUCACCUACCUUGGUACAAACAAGACCCUUUGGAAAAUGUAAAUCUCAGCUGCUCUCUCGUUCCUGGACCAGAGACUGAUCUUCCACCAGGCAAUUUAAGAUGCUGAAGCCAAUGGCUCCUUAUGGCUACCAGGUGAUAAUUUUAAUGUAUUAUCACUCAGCUGAGUACCUAUCAGACAGAAUGGUUUUGUAUUAUGCUGUUCAAGGGAAACAAGGCAUUCCCAGGGAAAAGGAAUGGUACCUAUGGAUCCUAGCAACAGGCAUG